AUGAGAAAAAACUAUGGUACUUUUGAACAUAACCAUCAUUGUUAUAAUUAUAACAAGAACAUUAAUGGUGAUAAUAAUAAUAAUAAUAAUAAUAAUAAUAAUAAUAAUAAUAAUAAUAAUAAUAAUAACCAAUUGGAUGGAAUCUAUGAUAGUAUUGAGGAUCAAAAGGGAGAGAAAAAAUGGACAUUAGUUGCAAGCUUAUCUUUACUAACCCCACUCUGCCAAUGCUUUAUUUAA